AUGGAUGAAGUGGAAGCUGCUUACGAGUGGGUUGAGGACAAACUUGUUUUCGAGCCACAACUAGUAGGAUGGCAAUCCGCAUUUAAACAUGGACUCUUGGAGGCUGGUGUGUUACCGUACAACGGUUUCACGUUUAAGCAUAUAGUCGGGACAAAGAUAGGUGGUACUAUCUUCGACCCAGACGGCCAUAGACACUCGGCCGCUGAUUUGUUAGAGUAUGCUAAUCCGGAAACAAUUGCUGUAUACUUGCAUGCUCUUGUUCACAAGAUCCUCUUCACCACUGAAGGAGACCAAAGACCUAGGGCGUACGGAGUGAUAUAUCAAGAUGCAGAUGGAGUGUUCCACAAGGCAGAGCUUGCAAAAAACACAAUGAACGAGGUGAUUUUAUGUGCGGGUGCCAUCGGGAGUCCUCAACUGUUGAUGCUGAGCGGCGUGGGUCCUAGGGUUGAUCUUGAGUCCCAUGGGGUAAGUCCUGUGAUCUUAGAUCAUCCCAUGGUUGGGAAAGGGAUGGGAGAUAAUCCGUUGAACACUGUUUUCGUCUCGUCUCCCCGACCAGUAGAAGCGUCCCUCAUACAGGUCGUUGGGAUUACCAAGUUUGAUACUUUCAUUGAAGGUUUUAGUAGCGUGAAACUCCCUAAUAAUAUGAUGCAUACGUUCUUCCAAGGUGUUUUAAGUCUUCUCAACGAGACAAGCCACUCCACCCUAGCAGUUAUAGACUUUUACAAACAGUUGAACGUGAUGGAAAUUGAUGGCUGGAUCGUCAAUAAAGUUGACGGUCCAGUUUCCAGAGGUCACUUAGAACUCCGGAACAUGAAUCCAGAUGAUAACCCUUCUGUAACAUUCAAUUACUACCAAGAGGCAGAAGAUCUUGAGAAGUGUGUUAAGGGACUUAAAACCAUUAUUAAAGUGUUGAAUUCCAAUGCAUUCUCUAGUUAUAAGUAUCCGAAUGCAACUGCACGUGAGCUGCUUAAUCGCAUGUUGAGCCUUCCCAUCAAUCUUAGACCAAGGCACGAGUCUGCAAAGUUCAACUUGACACAAUUUUGCAUUGAUACGGUGAUAACCGUUUGGCAUUAUCACGGAGGUUGCCAAGUUGGAAGAGUGGUCGACAAGAAUUACAAAGUCUUUGGAAUCGAUGCUUUGAGGGUCAUCGAUGGAUCCACAUUUCUCAAGUCUCCGGGCACUAAUCCUCAAGCCACGGUUAUGAUGCUCGGAAGGUACAUGGGUCAGAAGAUUCUUCGAGAGAGAAAUGCUUCCGGGGAAAAUAACGAAGACUAUUCGAUAAUCAAAGAUGAUACCGAUAAAAGCUCUUCAUCGUCCAAAUAA